CUUUGAGAUCUAACGGCAUACUACUACCUAGUCUACUACAUAAUAACUCCUCAUAUCUUCUUAGGACUCGGGAGUGUUCCAACUUAGAUACCUAAAUAUUAAAUUUCACUUUCUCCAUCAUCGUUAUCUUUUUCAUUUUUCAGCAGAUGACUUCUCAGUCAUCUUCAUGGUCGAACUAUCGGCUUUGUUAUUAGAUAGUAUAGGAUGUCCUCGUUCCAUACGAUUCGACCGACAUGUUGACCCGUGCCGUCUGCCAACCCACGCCUCGAGCGAGGUCUCUCCAGACCAUCGCCAUGACCCGUAACGCUUUGCGACCCACCAACAUCUCUUUGUUAAAAGCUGGUCAUCAACAACAAACCCGUAGCUUUCGCUUUGGCAUGUGGACAUCCUAUCUCGAUCCAGAAUUUCAGAAAGAAAUGCGGCAUCGUCAUCGUGCGACCAAGCACAAGUAUAUUGAAUCGAUUAAUAGGAGGUUAUCGUGGGACCAGCGUACCAUCGAUGGACACCCAAAAGCCCUUUUGAAGCAUAUGCUCCGCAGAUAUUGGGAACCGAACCAGGUGAGAUGCGGUUCACGGUUUGUCAACCAUGACGAGAUAAAUAGCCGACAGCAACAUGCUCGAGAUGCAUAUAAUGCAUUCAACUCACGGAUGGACCAAACCACGGAUCAACAGCACACUCCGAAAGAUGGAAGGCCUCGGGAAGGUUUCUAUCCAUCACCGACGAAGCCAACAAGGGCAGAAGCCGAAUAUGAUCGGAAACGGCCAUACACGGAUACUACACCCACAGAGGAUUAUGUCAUUGAUCCUAUCACAAACCGUAAAGUCCCAAAGGGAGGUGCAGGCCCAAUGGAGGAUACAAAUUUCACCACAAGCGGUUCUUUCAAAACAUACCGAGCCCAAUUUACCGCAUUUGGCCCCCCUGAAGAUGCAGUAAACCUGGGGCCUGUUCAUUCCCUUGGUCCUCCUCCGCCGAAAGAGCUAAAGGAAUAUGGACAUAUUAAAAUUGAUCAGGUACCACUUCAUGGCGUUGGUAACUAUGGGCACGAAAUAUCGGCAUUGGGUGACUACCCAGGGACUUCUCGACCGUAUAUAGAGAGCGAGGAAUACGCUCUCAACCAUCUUCCAGCCGAGGAAUCGGCUGAGCCGGAGCCAACCAAGAAAUACGAAGAUCUUGACAAGUAUCAAACAUACGGAUCAAGGGAAGCAGAAAAUCUCGAGACGGAAGUACCUCGGAAUCCUGAUGAAUUACGCGAGUACAAGCCAUAUUUGCACAACGAAAGUACGAAAAAUGAACCCAAAAAGGCGCCUUACGAUGACCUGGAUAAAUACGGCCCAUACAAGCAUGAAGAGGACGUAAAGAGGGAUGAAGAUACUUCCCCGAAAUAUGAUGAUCUUGACAACUACCAGCACUACAGCGAUGAGGUUAAACAGCCUACAGACGAUGUUGCACCCAAGUACGAAGACCUAAACAAGUACAAAACAGCUAACUUACAGGAUUCUUUGGCGGAGGAACGACCUUUCCAGGAAUAUGGGGACCUUGAAAAAUAUAAAGCUUUCAAAUACCAGGAACUUGAGGACAAGAAUACACUUGAACGAGACAUUGUUGCUGAGAGCCUCAUGGAAUUUGACGCAAAGGAGCAAGAGUCGAACUCGGGUGACACGCCAAAAUCCAGCGUCGCAGACAGGCUUAAGAAGCUAGAUCUUAACGAGACGCCGUCUUCGAAGAGUUCUUCUUCAGCACUAUUCUCCUCGUCUUUCCACCAAUCUUCCCGACACUUGCCUACCAAAGCAGAAAACUGGGAAACUCUGGAGCGGUCCAUGGCCAACCACAAUCAAGCAUCCGAUGCAGCAGAUCGAGAGGCCAGUUCCAAUGUCAGGGAAUCACGUGCGAAAUCACGGGAUAGGGAUAAUAAUGUCAACCAAUCCACCUUGACUGGAAACUACGUUCGGGAUUUUCCAGAAGACUUCUCAGGGUCGUGGGGUGCUCGAGCUUCGCAUUGGAGCUCAGAGCCUGGGGCAGGAUCUGAGUCAAGCAUCUCCAAUGAAAAGGCAGCACAUAUCCAAGCAGCCGAGAAGCAAUACGCGGACCAGCUUUCUAAUCCGGUGAACUUUGAGAGAUUGGAACCCAGUUUGGAUGGGCAACAGACGAAAUCAAAGCUGGAGCCAGCUUUGGAUCGGCAAGGGACAGGGACUGCAGAAAAUAAAUUUGACCAUCAGUCCAUAACACAGGCCGAAGCUGACCCAUAUUCCAAAGAACCCCAAGGCCUGGAAACAUCAUAUACCAAGGAAUGCGACGGUGAAGAUGAUUCGCCAACAUUUAAGAUGUACGGUGGCGAGCCAGAGCCUACUCCAGUGAAAGAGGAUACUAAGCCAGGCGUUUUUCACCUCCAUUCAUCAUAUUACAGGGAUCCGGAGCUAGACGGGCGAUCGCCAGUUUCAUCGUUAGCACCCGAAUUCAAGUUGGAACCAAGCCGAACUACGGAGCCGACAAUUUACAAGAUCCUGGCCUACGACCCAAGCACGCAGAAAAUCAACAUCGCUGAAACUACUUCGAUUGUGCCCGACCAAGCUGUCCCGCUGACGCCAGCGGAGGUACUGCUUCGCCUAUCAAACCCUACAAAAUUCUUCCCGCACUUCGCGCCCCUUGAAGCCGAGGGCUUCGAGAUCGUCUCCGGUGAAGGAAAUGUCCUAGUAUUCCGCCAGGUCCGACACAGCAAGACGGCAGACAGCGAGACCGGAGCACCCGUUAACCCGAUCGAUUUAAUGGGCAAGUCAACGGCGCUGCCAAAUGCGGCAGCGUUUGUAUCACCUACCGGAUUCGUGAAUUACGACGUCCCCAACGUGGAAGAGGAGCCCCAGACUACACCCUUCCGAUCGGGAAUAGACGUCAGGAGGGAGGAGCCCGUAUUCAGCGGCCCGAAAGUGACGAAGGAAGAGGCCGAGAAGGAGAAAGGGAAGAAGAAGAAGAGAGGCCUCGGCAAACGUGUAUUGCUCGGUGGCGCGUGGGCCGCGGGUAUCUCGUAUGGGCUCGGCGUUGUGAGUGAGUAUUUCAAGACUGGAGGGAUGGACGGGAAGGGCCCGGGUCGAUUUUGAUGACAAUAUUCAUUCUGGUGGAUAGGUGGACAGGGUGGGCGGGCUCCCCGCGUUAGGGGCGAGAGAGUUAUUGGAUGGACAACGUGGGUUUUCG